UCGCGCUGUUACUGACCAUCUCGCAUCGCCCAUCUUUAACACGGUCCCGUUAACCGGAGCUCCGCGUCCCGUCCCGUACUGAUGUAACGUCUUAGAACGGAUCACCUCCCGGGUACGUGGACUUUUCCUUCUGCCGUCAACUUAAGACUUCAGACGGUGUUUUUAAACGGCGAGAGGUGUCUUUCUAAGUGAGGAAAUCAACCAAGAGUGAAGACUGAUAAAAAAAAAAAAAAAAGAUGAUUGAAACAAUUGACACGCAGCGGUGUCUGCAGGCAGUGGAACGACUACAGGCUCGUCUGAAGGAGAGAGGAGGCGACGUGCCCUCAGAUGAGAAACUGAGCCUGCUCAAAUCUGUCCUGCAAAGCCCUCUGUUCCACCAAAUCCUCGCGCUCCAGAAAUCAGUACAGCAUCUUCAUGAACAGCCUUCCUGUGUAAACUCCGAUUAUAACGGAGCAUAUGUUUGCUCAGCUCAGAUUAACGGACAGACCUCAUCAGAGGAGCACGAGCACAUCAUUCGCACCAUGGCUCAGGGUCGGUACGUAACUCACGUCGACUUGGUGAAGCCGGUAUCAGGAGGCCUGGGCUUUAGCGUGGUUGGACUGAGAAAUGAGAACCGAGGAGAACUUGGCAUUUUCGUACAGGAAAUCCAGACGGGGAGCGUUGCAUACUGUGAUGGGAAGCUAAAGGAAGGAGAUCAGAUCCUGGCGAUAAAUGGACAGCCACUGGACCUGAACAUCAGCCAUCAGCAGGCAAUUGCGCUGCUGCAAAGAGCAUCUGAGCAUGUACAGAUUACGGUUGCCAGAGGGGCAAUACCUCAGCUUUCCAGCCCAGUGGUGUCCAGAACACCCAGUGCUGCUAGUACAUUGUCUGCACAUUCAAGUGGGACUCACUGGACACAGGUGGAGAGCAUAGAGCUGGUCAAUGACGGCACCGGUUUGGGUUUCGGCAUCGUCGGGGGUAAAACCACAGGUGUCAUUGUCAAGACUAUUCUACCUGGUGGGAUUGCUGAUAAGGACGGUCGAUUGCACAGUGGCGAUCACAUCCUGCGUAUCGGGGACACUGACCUGUACGGUUUGGGCAGUGAGCAGGUUGCUCAGGUGCUGCGGCAGUGUGGCAACAGAGUCAAACUGCUCAUCACCAGAGCAACCGUGGAUGAUGCUUCCCCUGCACCAGUAGCCCUGCCAACAGUUACUGAGCAACAGGACGUUGAAGAAGCGGAGAAGGAUGCAUUCGAUGUAAGUCUGACAAAGAACACCCAGGGUCUCGGCAUCACCAUCGCAGGAUAUAUCGGAGACAAGAACUCUGAGGCCUCUGGGAUAUUUGUGAAGAGCAUCACUGCAGGAAGUACCGUGGAGCAGGAUGGCCGCAUCCACGUUGGAGAUCAGAUCGUAGCUGUGGACGGUGUGAACAUACAGAGCUACACCAAUCAGCAGGCGGUGGAGCUCUUACGCCACACCGGUCAAACAGUCCAUCUCAGACUUGUUCGUUAUGGCUUUAGACCAGAAGACACUGUCCUGCCGAUCAUACCUGCGACCACCGAGGCUAAACCAAGACAGGAGUGUGUCUCGGCCGACAGCACGCAUGGUGUGGCCAUGAUGUUUCCAGACACGACGGAAUCAUCCAGACACGCAGCUGCUGCUGCUUAUUCACAGCGCACAUCCGAACGAAAGAAAGGUAUCAGACUGAACGACGACGAGGAAGAGGAGCUGAUGAAGAAAUGGCAAAAUGCUUUGAGUCCUAGCAAUGAAGUUAUCGUGGUACAGGUAGAGAAAUUUAGUGUGAACAGUGGACUGGGGAUCAGUUUGGAAGCAAAUUCUGGUCACCACUACAUAUGCUCGGUUUUACCCGAGGGACCCGUAGGACGUUCUGGAAAGGUCUACAGCGGAGACGAACUUCUGGAGGUGAAUGGUAUACCUCUUAGAGAUAAGACACAUAAGGAGGUAGUGAGCAUUCUGAAGGAGCUGCCCGUGUGUGUGUACCUGGCCUGCUGUAGGCCCGCCCCUUUGCCCUUGACUGACAGUCAGUCCUGCCAACCACGGCCGGAAGAAGUGGCUCCACGGUUGACAGAAAAGAAGUUCGAUCACGAUGAAGACUUCCUCCUGCCUGGAGAAUCAGAGACGAGCCUAAGGGAUCUUGUGCCAGAAGAGACUGUGGGAACUUCAUUAGCAAUGUGGGAGUCAGAGAUCCAGGACAUCGAGCUAGAGAAAGGAGAACGUGGACUGGGUUUUAGCAUCCUAGACUACCAGGAUCCUAUGGACCCAGCUAAGACUGUGAUCGUGAUCAGAUCUCUGGUGCCUGAAGGUGUAGCUGAACUCGACGGACGUUUGUUGCCAGGAGACCGGCUGAUGUAUGUCAACAGCAUGAACCUUGAGAGUGCCAGUCUGGAGGAGGCAGUUCAGGCACUGAAGGGGGCAAGCUUAGGCACCGUCCACAUCGGAGUAGCCAAACCACUGCCUACUCCCUCCUCUAUCUUCUCGGCUCUGUCGCGGAUGGAGAGAGAUGAGGAUGAGGAGGAGGAAGAGGUCUUAUUCCGCGCUGAGCCAGUACUGAUCGACACUAGCGAUGUGGACUUGUCCGAAGAGAAGUUCGAUCGCCAUCACGACGGCGAGGAAGACGACACGAUUCAGGCGUCCAUGAUCGCUCUUCACGGAAGCCCCUGCAGUGCAGACCUCGCCUAUCAGAUGGCCAUGCAAGUCUCCACCCCUCAGAGAAACCCCGUCCUGGAUUCGUUCAUGGAGUAUCCUUUCAUGUCGUCAACUGAAAUCGAAGAGCCAUUUUCUCCUGAGGAGGAGGGAACAUCUGUAAGGCUUGAACCGGGGACACUAAGAGUUGGCUUUACUCACUCAAGUCUGAUAAUGGAACAUGAUUUGAAGAGAAUGGACUCCAUGGACCCAACGCUGUCAAAAGCUGGGAUUUGUAGAGCAAACCCUGCUUUCACUUGUAAAGAAGACGAGCUUACACUGCCAUUAUAUCGAGAAACAGGACCGAUCACGCCAGAGAUCCAUGAAGUUGGUUACGAUGCUUCUCAGGAGGAGGAAGAUGAUUUCCCAAUGGAUAAAACUCAAGAGGAAGAAACCGAUCAACAAGAAAUGACCCCAGGGAGCAAUUUUGAGAGGACCAUCACUGUUGUCAAGGGCAACUCAAGUUUAGGUAUGACAGUGAGCACAGUGAAGGACGGUGUAGGUAUGCUGAUCCGCAGUAUCAUCCAUGGCGGGGCCAUUAGCAGAGAUGGACGCUUAGGAGUUGGAGAUCUCAUUCUCGCCAUCAACGGCGAAGCAACCGGGAACCUGACCAACGCACAGGCACGCGCCAUGCUGCGCAGACACUCACUCAUCGGAUCUGACAUGGGAUCUUCAGUUGCUCCGGAUGAGGAGCUCUGCCCCUUUUAUAUCAUUACCUAUGUCCCAGGGGAAUAUUUAGAGGAAUACAAGGCUCUUAAGCAGGCCAAGGAUGAUGCCUUUACCAUGGAUGCAUUAAAGACAUCAAGGUCUGUAGCAGAGCUUCCUGAGAGAGAGGAUGGAGAAGGGGAGGAGAGUGAACUACAGACAGCAAACUUCAGCAACUGGAACCAGCCAAGGAAGGUGGAGCUCUACAGGGAGGCUGGAAAAUCUCUGGGUAUCAGCAUUGUUGGUGGGCGGGGCAUGGGUAGUCGCCUAAACAAUGGAGAAGUGAUGAGGGGGAUCUUCAUAAAGCACAUCCUUGAAGACAGCCCCGCAGGACACAACGGAACUCUGAAAACAGGAGACAGAAUUGUACAGGUGGACGGAGUAGAUCUGCGAGACGCCAGUCAUGAGCAAGCUGUAGACGCCAUCCGUAAAGCUGGCAACCCUGUUGUGUUCCUGGUACAGAGCAUUAUCAACCGGCCCAGGAAGCCACCUGUUCCCUUUCUGCAGCUAAACAGCACCUCUAAUGCGCCAGGCCGCUUUUCUACCCUACCGCAGACGUCGGCAGCAGAUUCCGUCGAGGGCAAAACAGCGCGAGUCUCAAACCCCAACAACAAGGAUGUUGAGAGUCACAGUAGGCUUUUCCUCCGUCUCUCCCCAACUAACCCUUUCACCCCUACUCCAUUUAAGCUGAAUCGAGAACCAGGGAAAAUUUCCCCAACGAUGCCGUUUCUCUCUGUGCCACGCAUAGGCGAGACAGACACAGACUCACUGACUGAGAGUCCAGGUCAGCUUUCUCGUGACACGACGGAGGAAGAAGAAGACGAGUUUGGAUACACUUGGAAUAAGGUGGUCGAGCGUUAUGGGAGUCUGCCCGGUGUGUUGCAUAUGAUCGAGCUGGAGAAGGGCAGAAGGGGUUUAGGCCUGAGUCUGGCAGGUAACAAGGAUCGCUCAAGAAUGAGUGUGUUCGUAGUUGGCAUUGAUCCUAAUGGAGCAGCUGGGAGAGAUGGACGCAUCAUUGUAGGUGAUGAACUACUGGAGAUCAACGGUCAGAUUUUGUACGGUCGCUCCCAUCAGAACGCCUCAUCUAUCAUCAAGAGCGCCCCAUCCAAAGUAAAAAUCAUCUUUAUUAGAAACACAGAUUCUCACGCACAGAUGGCUGUCGUUCCAACGAAGGAAUUCGGAGACGUUCUGGACACACAGCCAGAGUCCCAACCGUGUUCUUCUCUCAUCCCCUCACUGACUGAUGCGGAUGUGUUUACAUCUGUCCAGAGCAUAUUUUUACCAGUGCAGGAAGAGGAAGGACCGGCGUUUAGCGAGGAGGACGAGACCGGCACGAUCCUUAGAGACGACGGAGCAGCCGUGAAAGUACAGGAUUGCAGUACACAGUCAGGAGACAGGCCGACGGUAGUAGAUAACGAAACUGCACAUGGCCUCUCUGUGGAGAAGGUAACAUCAUUACUGAGCAAAGCAACAAGCUCAAACAAGACCAGUCUCUGUACAGAUAGCCACGAUGCAAUAUCUACGUCAUCCAACCAGACACGGAGACUAUCAGACCCAGUGGUGGUCUCCAGUAUACCUCUGUCCUUGACACCCCCUGAAAUGGAAUCAGUCAAGAGUUCUAGCAGAUCAUCAACCCCCAUAACUCUGGUCUCUGACCCUGUGACCUGCCCUAUAAUCCCUGGUUGUGAGACUACCAUCGAUAUCUCUAAAGGAAGAACAGGGCUCGGCCUCAGCAUCGUGGGUGGCUGUGACACACUGCUGGGCACUAUAAUAAUUCACGAGGUGUACGAAGAAGGUGCUGCUGCUAAAGAUGGAAGACUCUGGGCAGGAGAUCAGAUUCUCGAGGUGAACAGUAUUGACCUACGCACCGCGUCCCACGACGAAGCGAUAAACGUGUUGAGGCAGACGCCACAGCGAGUGCGUCUGACUGUGUUCCGUGACGAAGCACAGUAUAAGGAGGAAGAGCUGUGGGAUGUGCUGUCAGUAGAGCUGCAGAAGAAACCAGGCCAAAGCCUCGGACUCAGUAUCGUCGGAAGGAGAAAUGACACAGGAGUGUUUGUGUCCGACAUUGUGACGGGAGGCAUCGUGGAGUUUGAUGGCCGGCUCUUGCAGGGAGAUCAGAUUUUGUCCGUUAACGGUGAGGAUGUUCGAACAGCAACACAGGAGUCCGUUGCCGCCCUGCUAAAGUGUUGCGUUGGUCCAAUCAAAUUAGAGGUGGGACGCUUCAAGGCAGGUCCAUUCCACUCAGAGAGACGCCUGUCGCAGGACAGUCAGCUAAGCGAUGGGGAAAGCUGUAAAGCCAGCCAGCUGUCUUUCACCGGUUCUGGCAGAUCACAAGAAGACUUUGAGAACAGCCGUAGAAGUCAGGAAUCACUGGACCAAGACAUCCGAACUGUGGUGCUCUCCAAGGGUCCUUGUGAAUCACUAGGAAUAAGUAUAGCAGGUGGAGUGGGCAGUCCUCUGGGCGAUGUGCCCAUCUUCAUUGCCAUGAUGAACCCCGCUGGUUUGGCUGCACAGACACAGAAACUCAGAGUCGGCGAUAGAAUCCUAUCGAUCUGUGACAUAUCUACAGAAGGCAUGGCCCACAGCCAAGCUGUAUCACUGAUGAAGAACACCACAGGAACCAUAAGCCUUCAGGUUAUCGGAGGUGACACUACAGUAACAGGUCCUGCUCUGGAUCAAACAUCUGGACUCACCAGCAGCAGUAUAUUCCACGAUGACCUGGGUCCUCCUCAGUGUAAGACCAUCAGUCUGGAGAGAGGGCCAGACGGCUUGGGCUUCAGUAUAGUGGGAGGAUUCGGCAGUCCCCAUGGCGACCUGCCCAUCUAUGUCAAAACGGUGUUUGGGAAGGGUGCAGCUGCAGAAGAUGGGCGUCUAAAGCGUGGAGAUCAGAUAGUCGCAGUCAACGGACAGAGUUUAGAAGGAGUCACGCACGAGGAGGCUGUUGGUAUCUUAAAAAAAACCAAAGGGACCAUCACACUCACUAUACUCUCAUAGGACCCUGAAUUAUACAAGAUCUUAGUAAAAAACACUGGAUUUUUACACACUGUGACCUUUUAACCGUACUACUGUAAAUAUCCAGUACAAAAUCAUAUUUUUAUUAUGAUCAUCAGUCAUUAUUUAUUCUUUUAUUAACACAACAGAUGUUUCAAAUUCUUACCUUUCACAUUGUUGGGAAAUUACCGAAGAGGAUUUUUUUAGCUUCUUGUACUGAAUAUCGUCGCUGUCGGGCGUAAACCUUGUGUGUUUUCACAUAUCGAUGCUAUCGGUCAGUCCCCACAGGGGUCUGUUAUUUUUACAAGUCAUUAACCAAUCUAAAGUCUUGAAAAUAGCUUGAGCGCAAAUCUCUUAACUCCAUUGGACACUUCAACUGUCCACCUCUUCUUCACUCCGCGGGAGAGCUUCGCAGCAUAUUCCUCCUCAAGAAGAGUCGCAAAGAAACAAAACGUCUUCUGAGGUAAAUGUCUUCAAAACAGUGGGCUCAAAGAAAAAAAAAAUCUUAACCCACGCUAGUCCUGGUGCUCAUCUGAGGACAGGAAUUUCGCACAAGACAAUCCACUGCAACGCGGACUAAACCCUGUGCAUUGCAGAUAAGAUAGGGCUUUUUUUUAUUUCCUGAAAAAUAAUGAUUUUGGAGAUACGAGGAUUCCGCCCGACAGCGACGUUAUACCGAUUUAGCUUCACGUAUAAGUAGUUAGUGGGAGUUAUGAACAUAUGAAUGUACUUUCCAUCAAAGCAUAGAGAAAAUCUCAAACAGCAGCUCGUAGUAAAUGUAGUUAGUCGGUUUUUAAGGGUGUUUCUACCUUUGCAGCUUUGCCUGAUCUACAACUAAUUUUUAUUAGACAGCAGAGUUAACACUUCAGGUAAGAGUUUUAGACCCAGACUUAAUAAAUCAAUCAGUCAAUAAAAAUCUCUAGACUACAUUCAUACAGUUGGUAUUGCUGAACACACAACUCAUGUGAAGAGAUGAUUUAGGCCUCUAUACUGUGUUCUUUUUUUUAAAAACCGGGACCGAGACUGAGAAACUUAACCAGCACACAAAGGGGUUUUAAUAUUGUUGUUGUGGUCUAACUGUCCCUUCACACUGGGUCUGUGUAUAUAGGGCUAUUUGUAGUAGUUUUGGAUCUGAUUUUGUUUUUUUUAACGGAAAGAAACACUGUUUUUGGUAUAUAUGAUGUAUCUAUCCAUAAGCAUUCUACACAACUUUACUGAUUUUAGACAGUUUACACACAAGCAAUAAGCAUUUCCAACACCAGCGCUUUGUUUUCUGGAGAGAAAUAAAUAAAAGUGACAUCCAAACAAA